AGGUUGUUAGUGUCCCAUGGGCUCUGUUGCACGAUGUUGGCCAACGGAGAUUUUCGUGCUAUUUGCACUAAUAAAUUUGAAAGUUCCUUAAAUACACUCCAGACAGAGCAAGUCUUGUUAUAUUUUUUUAUGUAUGUAGCCUGUAGACAGAUCUGUUUUGAGCGGUCACGUAUCGACACGUUCUCAAAGCACGAUAACAAAGUUCACCUUGCCGGUGUUGUUUCCGUUGGCACGGGUGAACCGGCGCAGACCGAACGGAAAUAUCAUAGCGGUACAACUCUUAAGGAUAAAGCAAGGAACGUGGCGCAUCUGAGCACGCUGAUCUUGGAGCAGGUUGUUGGAUUAGACCUAACCACUGUCGAAAUGGCACAAGAGCGCUGUGUUGCCCAGAGCAUACCGUUUGUACGAAUAAGUCCUAAGGGAAUCAACGUCCGUAUUGAUGAAGUUGAUGAUGCAAAACUUAUGGAUAUGAUUUGGACUACUCACUUGUGGCUGGUAAGCAAUUUUCUUCAGAACUAA